AUGUUCAAGUCUGGUAACGGACAUCUACCUAUCGCAUGUGGAAUCAAGACGAUACGUCGGGUCAUUCAUCAUCAGCCUUCCGCCCUGUUAUUUUAUCAGAAUAGACAACUCGAGCUCUAUGCAGCGAAGGAGGCGAAAAGGUUGACCUUGCGCCAGCUUGUCUAUUUUGGUCGGCACAUGAACGAAGAGCGACUAAUAACGAGUGCCAACUAUGUCAGGACCGAGCUUCCUAUUCGAAUUGCCCACAGGUUACGGGAUCUCCAGGCUUUACCUUACGUUGUCGUGACUCAGGAAGGUGUAGCCAAAGUUUACGAGCUGUAUUGGUCCGCUUUUGAGAAGCUUCGAAAUUACCCCCCAGUCACAUCUCUUGAAGAGAAUGAUCAAUUUUGCAAAUUUGUGGGGACUCUUUUAAAUGAGCAUGCUCCUGUUAUCCCAAAUCUUUCACUCGGACUUUCACUCGCCUCCCCUCAUCUACCACCUGAUGAACUUGAUUCUUUCAUGCGCCGAAUGCUUAUAUCCCGUAUUUCACGUCGUGUCUUGGCUGAACAUCAUAUAGCCCUCUCUGAUACAUUCUCCGGUCGCGGCCGCGAAACGAAUGGAGAACCUCACGUCGGAAUUAUUUUCACGGGGCUGAAUGUAAAGCGCAGUGUUGAAAGAUGUGCUAGACUCCUUAAAGAAAGUCCACUCUGGUCCAUGAGCUCUUCCGGCCCAAGAGAUUCUUCUCAACUACCGGAGGUGAAGAUUGAUGGACACUCUUCAACGACAUUUGCCUAUAUUCGUGAACACCUUGAAUAUAUUGUCUUCGAAUUGUUGAAAAAUUCCAUGCUGGCAACUUAUUCUAAACAUCAGAACGAAUCUUCGAUUCCGCCUAUACACGUUACGAUAGCCGCUGGCGAGCAUGACGUUGGUAUUCGAAUAAGUGACCAAGGUGGAGGACUUGCAUUUCGUGACCAGCUGUCGAAGGCUUCCGACUUGUUUUCCUUUUCACAUGUAAGAAACUCAACAAGGCUAGAAGACUCUCGGAUAGGUGCACUACGUACGGCCAGUGAAAAUGGUUUGCGGGCCACUGUCGACGAGCAAGUUGGGAAUUGGCAUAAGGCACAUGCAAAGGACCCUACGGCUUCUGAUACGAUUUCCCAUGAACUUUUACAGCCUCGAAUAGGGAUAGGUUUGCCUAUGAGCAACAUAUAUGCAACGUAUUUUGGGGGUACCUUGGAUCUAGUCUCUUUAGAUGGAUGGGGUACCGAUGUCUAUCUACGGCUGCCUAAACUAGGGACAAAUUUAGAAGGAAUUGAAGUCUGA